UGGGGGCACGUCAAUCGAUUCACAGGGUUGACUCGUGAUUAAAAAGGUGAAAUAAAAUAAAUCCCAAGCAUUUCCCAAAAAUGUAAAAUCAUUGAAAAAAGUAAAGUAGUUGAAGGGAAUCAUCCAAUUGCUAGGCUGCUAGCUGCAAGAUCCUGAUUUCCGCUUCAAAUUCAUAUAAAAAAAAGAAGUUAGUGACGAAAGUCGAAAGUAAAGGUCAGGUAAAUCAAGGCUCGAUUUUGAUGUACAAAUUAUUUUAUUUAAGUUUCUUGAACACGAAGUUGUGAAGAGGAAAUAAACUGGGUUGGUCGACACUGCAAGAGACAUCUUCCAAAUUCCAUUAAUGGUGGAGGUCAUGUGGAAAUGAAGGAAAAUAUGAAGGAAUAAUGGAAGUGAUCAACGAGGAAAUCUGACUAACGUACAGGUGUUAAAAAGGAUAUUAGGGUUAACCCCAUCUUCACUGCACGUCUCUAUUUAUUUAUUUAUUAUUAUUAUUAUUUUUUUUUUAUGUGUGUAUUUAUCUGACUAACAUGCAUGCUAACAUGCUGAUUGCUCUGCAAGACGGCAAAGGAAGGAUUAUAUAUGAAAUCAGCCAUAUAAAAAAACGAAGCACUUUUCCCGGUUAAAAAGCAGAAUAUAAGUCCCAUCUAUGACACUUUUUGCGUCGAAAUACGUUAUUGUUUUGUGUUAUAAAGAGUCUCUAUACUGUUCUGUACGUUGUCUCCAUCGGCUUGAACUUUGGCAUCUUUAUGCGAUUUGCCAAGUUUACGUAAAUGGAGAAGGAGAGGAAAUCAUCGACUGUAGCAGUGUCUGAUGUUGGAGCAUGGGCUAUGAACAUUAUAAGCUCUGUAGGGAUUAUCAUGGCCAACAAGCAGCUUCUGUCCUCUUCUGGUUUUGCUUUCACCUUCGCAACAAUUUUAACUGGCUUCCACUUUUCUGUGACUGCGUUGGUUGGUUGGUUGUCUAAUGCUGCCGGUUGUUCUGCAUCAUCAAAGCACAUCCCGAUGUGGGAGCUUCUUUGGUUUUCAAUUAUUGCCAACACAUCAAUCGCAGGAAUGAACUUCAGCCUCAUGUUGAACUCUGUUGGAUUUUACCAGAUUUCAAAAUUAAGUAUGAUUCCUGUGGUUUGUGUGAUGGAAUGGAUUAUUCAUGGCAAACGGUAUUCAAAGGAAGUCAAGAUGGCUGUUGCAGUUGUUGUUGUUGGGGUGGGCAUCUGUACAGUAACAGAUGUGAAAGUUAAUGCCAAAGGUUUUCUCUGUUCCUGUGUUGGAGUUAUAUGUUCAUCCUUACAACAAAUUUCCAUUGGUUCCUUACAGAAGAAGUACUCAGUAGGCUCUUUUGAAUUGCUAAGCAAGACAGCUCCAUUACAAGCUCUCUCCCUUCUUGUUGUUGGUCCAGUAAUCGAUUAUUACCUUACAGGAAAACUUCUAUCAAAUUACAAGCUGUCUUCUGGUGCAUUUUUUUUCAUACUACUCUCUUGCUCUCUGGCUGUAUUCUGCAAUAUGAGUCAGUAUCUCUGCAUUGGACGCUUCUCUGCCGUCUCCUUCAAUGUUUUAGGUCACAUGAAAACAGUAUGUGUCCUGUCAUUGGGGUGGAUACUCUUUGAUUCAGAGCUGACACCGAAAAACAUCCUCGGCAUGCUGCUUGCCGUUGUCGGCAUGGUUGUGUAUAGUUGGGCAGUGGAGGUUGAGAAGCAAGCUGGUACCAAGAUCAUUGCCGCGAAACACAGUCUAUCAGAAGAGGAUUCACACCUUUUGAAGGGGGAAGAGGCAGAGGGUCUAGAGAAGGAUGUAGAACUUGCCAAGUCUUUAGAAUAGGCCAACCUUUUCAUAAAGCCAAAAAGUACAAUUUCUUUUUUUAUGUCCCCCUCAUUCUUUGCCACAUCAAGACAUACAUGAUCAAGAACAUGUGUGAGCAUGAUCUGCAAACUUCUCCAUUGAAGAUGUCAGUCAUCAAUGAAAAAACUUUUCUGUUGUUCUUGCCCAGUUGUUCUUUAUCAUUUUGUUAGAUGCUAGGAAAUGAAGUUUAGGUUGAGUUAAAUACUGAACUGUAUCACAUCAAAAACAUUCAAUGGAAACCAAUCAGAAUCCAGUGGAUGCGUUCUUCUUUUAUCAGAUUCUUCAAAAGAAAAGUGCUAGUGCAAAGAAA